GCCACGACUCAACGCUCACUCGUUCAACAGUCAACCUCAUCCCCGGUCCAAUAUUAGACCAGGCGGCAAGUCCGAUCUCCUACUGCCUAUAUAUUGCUCUCUACCUCCAAGCAUUUUCUCAUCAAAUCCAAAACUUCUCAAUUAGAUCUUAUUACAUAAAACAUCUUUGAGAAUAUUCUACUUAUGGCAUCCAAGGCCAUUGAGAGCUGCAGAGAGGGUGCAGAGGUCUGUCAUGGGGAUGCUGAGUGCAAGAAGAAGAUCGUCGAACUUCUGACAGAGAUCUGCCUUCCGAAGGGCUUGUUCCCUGUGGAGGACAUAGAAGAGUUCGGCUACAAUCGUGCAUCAGGAUUCGUGUGGAUAAUUCAGAAGAAGAGUAAGAACCACACCUUCAAAAAGGUCAAGCGUCAGGUUUCGUAUGCGACUGAGGUGACCGCGUUUGUCGAGCCUCACAAGAUGAAGAAGAUGACCGGGGUGAAGACUAAGGAGCUGCUACUGUGGCUGUCUGUUGUUGAGAUGUACUUCGAAACUCCUUCCUCUGAGAAGCUCACUUUUAAGACUGGAACUGGGCUUUCUGAUAGUUUUGACGCAUCUGCUUUCGAGCUUGAUGCCUGAGAAGUGAAGGGGAAAACAUUAGCUAGUAACUAUUAUGUUCCUUGCUAAGUUUUACGUUUUUUUUUUAUUUUUUUUGUGUGUGUUUGUGGUGAAGUAUUGUAGUUUUCGUAUAUUGCAGAUUUGAUCAUCAGUAUUAGUAACACAAUAAAGUUUGAAUUGAUAAGCAACA